GCCUUCCCUGAUUAUGUAAAUGUAAGUGUGGUAGUUUCGUGUGUUUUUCAUAUUAUUAGUUUGAUUCAAAUGUGUAGUAGGGUGGUUCAAACUCUGUUUAUGCAGGCGAAUAAUAUUUCGUUGUAUGGGAACCUUUAAUCACACCUUUCUUUUGCGAUCAAAGUUAAAUUUUUUAUGGCCUUAACACUUCCUCCUAAUCACCAAACAUUUUGCUAAGAAGUUUUAAGUGGGCUGGAUGUGCAAUUAGUUACGGGAUAGCGGUCACUAUGUGACCUUAAGCAGCCAACUUUAACGGAUUUAUUAAACUCAUGGGAUUUUAUUAAUUGCAAACCCAAAUGUAUUGAGUGUCUACUUUAUCCUAAAUUUAGUUUUAUUUUCGACCGAAAUCUAACGUCAAAUUGGUAUAUCUACUUAAAGCUACCCGUGUAGGUUAGGGUUACCUUAAUUCGUAGCCCUAACGUGAUGGAUUUGCAAAACCAACUCAGCAGCGAGCUAUGAUGACAAAAUCUACGCAACAUGCUUGGUUAGGUUGAGAGGAGCUGAUGUUUUCUUACUGUUUUCCACGCAGUAACGCAAAUACAUGUACGAGUAUAUGGAUGAACCUUCUGCUAUUCAGUUAUCAGAUUUAAAUGAAUAUAUCACUUGUAAAUUAUGUAAAGGCUAUUUGAUCGAUGCAGUUUCGAUAACUGAAUGUCUUCAUCCAUUUUGUAAAUCUUGUAUAGUGAAAUAUUCGGAAGACAAACGUGAUUGCCCUGUAUGCGGGAUUCUUAUUCAUCAAAGUCAUCCUUUAAAUUAUAUGAGUUUUGAUCGAACUCUCCAAGAUAUUGUAUAUAAAGUUGUACCAGAUUUAAGACAAAACGAGAGACAACGUCGAGAAUCGUUUUAUCGAUCUUUGGGGAAAACACCACCUCCUUCCGAGGAUUUAGGUAAAGAAAAUCAUAAUUCAGGUAGUAAAGAAAAUGGCACUGGUGGUAAUUUACCAACUGAUUCGGAUGGAUUAGCUGCGAAUUAUGAUCCUGAUUAUCAUCGUAAAGACGAACAAGUCAAUAUAAAACUUGAACCAGGCUCUGAUAAUCUUGAACCAUUGGCAGAUAAGUAUUUACGACUUUCGUCAAGAGCUACAGUGACUCAUUUGAGAAAGUAUGUUGCACAACAAGUCCUCCAUGAUAUAUCUAAAUUUCAUGAAAUUGACAUCUUUAUCCUGAAUAAUGAAGAUGGCACAUUUCUCGGUCGUGAUCAUGUAUUGAAAUUUGUUCGUGUUGUUUACUGGAAUGAAGUUGAACCAAUGCCACUCCAGUAUCGUUACAGCAGAAUUAUUUACUAGGAUUCAAUCCAUUGUAUUUAAAAUCACACCUGGUUCUCACGACUCCGUCCCUCCCUCCCUCCACCACAUUACCUACUUCUUUCUGAUUUGUUUUUUUGUUUUUGUCUUGUUUUAUUUUUAUUUAUUUUUUAUUACAUUAUCUAUUGUGAACAACAGUGUAAAGUGAACUAUUGUUUUAAUGCUUAAAAAAACAACACAGUCAACUUAUUUUGGCAUUCACGCAAAAAAAAGACACAAGUGUUUAGACCGUAAAUGAUAUAAUUUAUUGUUUUGUUUUUCUUCUUAUUUCUGUAUAUACAUCAUGUAUAUUAUUAUGGAUGUGUACCUUACUGAGACUAAUAAAACUGUUGCUUAGAUUAUGACUGCUUCUUUUUUGUGUCAUUAGUUUGUCUUUUCUAUGGACUUGUGUGUUUCACUACUGAUUCUCAUUGCCAUUUAUUAUUUUAGUCUUUUAUAAUAGUAGUAAUAAUAAUAACCCAUGAUUAAUAUGUCCUGGAUUGGAAGAUCAACUUAAGUAGUAAGAUUAUCGUCAAAAGCGACGUCAUCAACCAAUCGGCAAAAAAAGGAUGGAUUGAUUUAGAUUGUGAGACAGACAUGCUUGAAUGUGUUGUUUGGAUAGGUGAAUGUAGACAGCAGUGUCAUGUGGUGCUAUUGGUUAUUUACGAAAUACACAUUUUAAGUAAGGUAGGACAUCAUGGUUUCCUUUAGACAUCCAAAAUACUCAGGAACAAAAACUAUUUGCACAAUAAUACAAUCCUACUGUUUGAUAUGAAUAAUUAAAAACUACUAUUGGUCAUUUGAAUCCGGUACGACGGAUAGGUUAAACGAUCUGAUAUGGCGCUGGAAAUAUUCUUCAGUGUAUUAUACACAUUAUUUCAACUAGUGUAGUUAGUAGUUUAAAUACGAA